AAAUGAGCCGGUUUUUACACGUUCGCUUUGGAAAAAGUGUCUUAUUUGUUGGAAUUGUCUCUCGAAGGAUUGAAGGACCCGAAAAUGUGACUUUAAACUAGAAAAUUAGCGAUUGUAAAGGAAACGUUGCCGAUUUUUGCGACUUAAAUCGUUGGCAGGAUAUUAAGAGUGGCAAGUUUUCAAAUUGAGACCCGGUAUAUUGGAAAACAAGAGCAAUCUACAGGGUGACCAAGGUUGAAUUAGCGCUCAGCAGCCUUUAAAUUUUCCACAAUGUCCAUCGAAAUAGAAUCAGCAGACGUUAUUCGACUGAUCCAGCAGUAUUUGAAGGAGUCCAACCUAUACAGGACCUUGCAUACCCUCCAGGAAGAAACCGGCGUUACCCUCAACACAGUGGACAGUGUAGAUGGGUUUUGUGCAGAUAUCAAUAAUGGCCAUUGGGACACUGUCCUGAAGGCCAUACAAUCACUAAAACUCCCUGAUAAGAAGCUGAUUGACCUUUAUGAACAGAUUGUUCUGGAGCUGAUCGAGUUGAGAGAAUUGGGGGCCGCUAGGUCCCUGCUAAGGCAAACUGACCCGAUGAUUAUGCUGAAGCAAAACGAGCCCGAGCGAUAUAUUCACUUAGAAAACCUUCUGGCUAGAUCCUACUUUGACCCAAGGGAGGCGUAUCCAGAUGGGAGUAGCAAGGAGAAGAGACGAGCAGCUAUAGCACACGCUUUAUCUGGGGAAGUUUCAGUUGUUCCGUCGUCGCGUUUGUUGGCCCUUCUUGGGCAGGCCCUCAAGUGGCAGCAGCAUCAAGGUUUGCUCCCUCCUGGCACCACUAUAGAUUUGUUUAGGGGCAAAGCUGCGGUCCGAGAGCAGGAAGACGAAACAUUCCCAACGCAAAUGGCGAAACAGAUCAAAUUCGGCCAAAAGUCCCAUGUGGAAUGUGCCAGAUUUUCGCCAGAUGGUCAGUAUUUGGUCACUGGCAGUGUGGAUGGCAUUAUAGAAGUGUGGAACUUCACAACGGGGAAAAUUCGAAAAGAUCUUAAGUAUCAAGCACAGGAAAGCUUCAUGAUGAUGGAGCACGCAGUGCUCUGCAUGGCCUUCUCCAGAGACAGCGAAAUGUUGGUGAGCGGCUCGCAAGCAGGCCGGAUAAAUGUUUGGAGGAUAAGCACCGGGCAGUGUUUGAGGAAAAUCGAAAAAGCCCACACGAAAGGGAUCACUUGCCUCCAGUUUUCCAGGGACAACAGCCAGGUUUUGAGCGCGUCGUUUGAUCAUUCCAUCAGGAUCCACGGCUUGAAAUCAGGGAAAACCCUGAAGGAGUUCAGAGGCCACAGCUCGUUUGUUAAUGAAGUCAUUUUCACCCAGGAUGGACACAACAUUUUGAGUGCUUCUUCAGACGGAACAGUUAAAGUCUGGAGCAUCAAGACAACCGAGUGUGUCAACACCUUCAAGUCAUUGGGAUCGGCCGAUUGCACAGUGAACAAUAUACAUAACUUUUAUAAGAAUCCCGAGCAUUUCGUGGUUUGCAACCGGAGCAAUACUGUGGUUAUUGUGAACCUACAAGGGCAGAUUGUGCGCUCGUUUGCCAGCGGUAAAAGAGAGGGUGGCAACUUUGUUUGUUCUUCAGUGUCCCCGCGAGGUGACUGGAUUUAUUGCGUAGGCGAAGACAUGGUGCUCUAUUGCUUCUCCACCGUAUCCGGAAAACUCGAAAGAACCCUGAACAUUCACGAAAAAGAUGUCAUCGGUAUAGCCCAUCAUCCGCACCAAAAUCUCAUAUGCUCAUACAGUGAAGAUGGGCUAGUUCGACUGUGGAAACCCUAAUUUCAUUCCUUGAGAGUGCAUGAGAAAUUCCCCUUAUUAAAAACGAAUUUGAUUGGA